AUGGUCCGCGACACGAGUCUCUACGACGCCCUUGGCGUCUCACCCGACGCCGACGAUGACGCCAUGAAGCGCGCAUACCGCAAGCUCGCCAUGAAGUGGCACCCAGACAAGAACGGCCACAGCAAAGAAGCCGAAGACAAAUUCAAAGAGAUCGGCGCCGCUUACGAAGUGCUGAAUGACCCUCAAAAGCGCCAGAUAUACGACCAGUAUGGCAAAGAAGGUCUCGAGCAGGGGGGCGCUGGUGGUCCGGGUGGCGGCAUGUCGGCCGAGGAUCUCUUCUCACAGUUCUUUGGGGGCGGCGGCGGCGGGGGUGGCUUCGGCGGCAUGUUCGGUGGCGGCAUGCGCGAUACCGGACCAAAGAAGGCAAGAACGAUCCACCACGUGCACAAGGUUAGCCUCGAAGACAUCUACCGCGGCAAGGUGAGCAAGCUUGCAUUGCAGAAGAGCGUCAUUUGCCCGAAGUGCGAGGGCCGUGGUGGCAAGGAAGGUGCGGUCAAAACGUGCGCAGGCUGCAAUGGCGCUGGUAUGAAGACGAUGAUGCGGCAGAUGGGACCUAUGAUCCAGCGCUUCCAGACCGUAUGUCCAGACUGCAACGGCGAGGGUGAGACUAUAAGAGAAAAGGACAAGUGCAAGCAGUGCAACGGCAAGAAAACUACCAUCGAGCGGAAGGUGCUGCAUGUGCAUGUCGACAAGGGUGUGCAGAGCGGGACUAAGCUCGACUUUAGAGGAGAAGGCGACCAGAUGCCAGGUGUGGAGCCAGGUGAUGUGCAAUUCGAGAUCGAGCAGAAGCCGCACCCGCGCUUCCAGCGUAAGGGUGAUGACCUCUUCUACCAGGCUAAAAUCGAUCUUCUGACGGCACUUGCGGGCGGCGCAAUUUACGUGGAGCAUCUCGACGACCGGUGGUUGACUGUCGAGAUUAUGCCAGGCGAGGUGAUCGCACCAGGUGAAGUGAAAGUCAUCCGCGGCCAAGGCAUGCCCUCCUUCCGUCAUCACGACUUCGGUAACCUCUACAUUCAAUUCGAGGUCCAGUUCCCAGACCGCAUCUCCGGACCACCCGACGCCGAGGGCUUCCCAACGAGCAUGACGCAACAGCAAGUUAAAGCCCUUGAGUCAGUUCUGCCACCUCGUUCGCCGCAGAACAUCCCACCUCCGGACGCCAUGACCGAAGACUACAGCCUAGAGAAGGUCGACCCAAUGCAAGAAGGCAACAGAGCAAGAGGCGCUCUAGGCGAAGACGAUGAUGAUGAGAUGCACCCCGGCGGUGAGCGGGUACAGUGCGCGAGUCAGUAGAAUGAGUUUGCGGACCCGACGGAGCAUACGACGUGGGAGCGUGUUUUGCAAAGACGGAAGAGGAAGCGACGAUGGCUGAAGCGAAGUGUGGUCGGUGGCGUCGCCAGAAUUUUUGACGGCAUUGACAGAGCAGAUGCCCUCUUCGGUCCGUCUGACAUGAUGCAUCAGCUGCCAUCAUAUCAACUGCCGGCCUCCUGACUGGCAGCAAUUUGCGGAAUAGAGUUGACGCGUUUACGAGUCGAUGCAAGCAUGCUAGAACGGCGUUAGGGCGGAAGUUGGAUUCGCUCAGCCAGCGUCCGGUGAUGGAUCUGUUCAAGAUAGCAUGGCUCCGUAACCUGCAAUGAUCGCUUUAUGCCUCUCGCAUCUCAUAGUCCUUGAAGCGCAUGCU